AUUUUGUUUUGUUUGAUUUAGUUUGUUCGUUUUUUUUCUUGUUCAUUCAUUUCACACAUCAUUCAAUUCAGAUAUUCAGAUUCGAAUCCUUUAAUUUGCCUGUUUAGUUCAUAACCAAAAGAAUUGUUUCUCUUGCAACAACAACAACAACAAAAAAGGAAUCCAAUAGCAAUCCAAAAUGUCUGUGGAAGAAUUGACCAAAGAACAAGUGCAAAUGUUGCGCAAAGCAUUCGAUAUGUUUGAUCGUGAGAAAAAAGGCCAUAUCCACACAAAUAUGGUAUCAACAAUUCUAAGAACAUUAGGUCAAACAUUCGAAGAGAAAGACUUACAACAAUUGAUCACGGAGAUUGAUGCAGAUGGUAGUGGUGAAUUAGAAUUCGAUGAAUUCUUAACAUUGACGGCUAGAUUCUUGGUAGAAGAGGAUGCAGAAGCAAUGCAAGAAGAAUUACGUGAAGCUUUCCGUAUGUAUGAUAAAGAAGGUAAUGGUUAUAUACCAACAAGUGCAUUACGUGAAAUUUUACGUGCACUUGAUGAUAAACUUACCAAUGAUGAAUUGGAUGAAAUGAUUGCCGAAAUUGAUACCGAUGGUUCUGGUACUGUUGAUUUUGAUGAAUUCAUGGAAAUGAUGACUGGUGAUUAAAAAACAAAAAUAAAAAUAAACGGCGAACACACACUCACAUGAUAAUAAUGGUAACGAACCACAUCCAAUUAUACAACAAAUCAAAAUCAAAUCGAUCGAUCGAUGAACACAUGUGCUUAUUAUUAUUCAAAAUUGGAGAUAAAAGGGCAAACAGUGGAUGAUGAUGAAAAUUAUUGAUUAUUGAUUAUUAAUUUAAUAAUUUUAAUUAUUAAUAAUAAAAAAAACCA